AUGUCAAAAGGCCAUAACAAAAGAAGUUACCCUAAUAAAGGUACAAGUUUUCCCCAACAACCCCCAGUAAAGAAACCUAGGGGUAGGCCUAGAAAAGAGCCUGUAGAUCAACCUGUCCAACCAGUACAGCCUGUUCCCCCUUCCCAUCUUAUUGCAACUGCAGAGCCCUCAAGGAUCGAAAGAGGUGGCAGGGUGAUCAACAGGGGAGGCAGCAGAGGAGCAAGCAGCAGUGGAGCCACUAGGGGAAAGGGAAAGCCUAGAAAUUAUGGUGGCAGGGGAGGGGAUCCUACUAGCACUGUAGGAAUGGAGAGUAGCAGGGGAAGGGGAAAUGACAGAGGUGGAAGAGGUUCAAGGGGUAGGAGAGGGAGAGGGAGGGGAAGAGGAAAGGGGCCUCAGAUUUCUGUAGGCUAUGGGAUGUUUAUGACACAAGAUAGCUCUUAUGUACAUGAAAGUGCAGCCACCAAAGAAGGGAGUGUUGUUACCAGAAGCUUUUCAUACAACUUCAACUAA